CUUUCUUAGUUUUUUUUGGUAGAGAUUUUCUCUUUCUUAUGCUCUUUCAUUAUUAACACUGCGCCGCUUCUCCGAUGGCCGUUGCCCCUUCUUCCUCGUUUCUUGGUGUCCUGAUACUCAUAGCUUCCAUUGGCUACGCCGCCGCUUGCUAUUCGGCCGUUUUCGGCUUCGGCGAUUCCCUCACGGAUGCCGGAAACCUAAUCCGCCUUGAGCCUGACGGCACCGUCCCCCACAUGUACUUCCCGCCGUACGGCGAAACCUACUUCGACCGACCCACCGGACGCUGCUCCGACGGCCGCCUCAUCGUCGAUUUAAUCGCUCAGCAUUACGGGCUUCCGCUUCCGCCGCCUUCGAUCCCCGCCAGUUUGGAAGGCGACAAAAACAGGCUCCGUGCCGGAGUCAACUUCGGGGUGGUCGGAUCACGUGCGCUCGACGCGCAAUUCUAUGAGCAGAGAGACAUUUUCGACACUGUCACCAACGUUUCCAUGACAGAUCAAUUGAAUUGGUUCAAGGAAAUGCUCCCAUCUCUGUGCUCAUCACCUCACGAUUGCAAGGAGCUAUUGGAUGGGUCAUUAUUUGUACUGGGAGAAUUUGGAGGCAACGAUUACACGCACUCGCUUCUAUCCGGAAAAGGUAUUAAUGUCAUCCGACCGUUCAUUCCAAUCGUCACCCGCGCAAUUGCUCAGGCUGUCCAUGAACUAGUGGAGCUAGGUGCGAGGACAAUAAUGAUCCCUAGCGUGUUACCACUUGGAUGUGCAGCCUCGUACUUGACAUAUUACCCAAGUCCUAACCCAGAUGAUUACGAUGAAUUAGGUUGUCUCAUUUGGGUUAACCAAAUGGCUUCUUACCAUAACCAACUCCUCCAGCAACAACUCGCCCACGUAAGAGAACUUCAUCCCUAUGCCAAUAUCGUCUUUGCCGAUAUUUACAAUGCUGCUAUGGAGCUUUACCAGGGUCCUGGUACUUUCGGGUUUUCAGGCGGAGCUCUGAGAGCGUGCUGCGGCGGCGGAGGUCCGUACAACUUCAACCCCUCCGCACAGUGCGGUAACGAGGGAGCAAGAAGCUGUGACAACCCUUCCUUCUACGUUAACUGGGACGGCUAUCACUUAACGGAGGCUGCCUAUCAAUUCAUUACCACCGCUUUGUUAGAGGGUCCGUACACCUAUCCUCGUAUGAACAAUUUGUCUCCCUUCGAUUCUCGUCUGCAAACAUCCCCACUUGCCCAGAUUUAAUUCAUACCACAUUCAUAAAAUAAACCCAUUUUUUACAAACCAGAUUAACGAUUCAUUGUUAGAUGAGAUGCAUAGAUGAAAUUCGUGUUUGUAUACGUUACUAUCAGCUUCCUCCUUAAUUGCUCUAUGACGUGGCAAAAGGAUGUAAUAUAGGGUAAGGUACAGGGAUUCUUAUGCGACCGGUCACUCAUCAUUAGGUACGCCAAAAUGUACUACAAAGUGUUAAGAAAUGCACCGUUAGGUGUGGUGCAUUUUUGCAUUUCAAUCUGGUGCAUUUCCGAACAUUGUAGUGCAUUUAUGCAUACUUAAUGGUGCAAUCUGCACGGGUCACACGGGAAGUCCUGUCCGCAUUUUGAUAAGUAUGGUACAAAUUUUUUUUUAAGUAUUAUUAAUUUUAUUACAAGGUAGUAUUUGUGCAAGGAAGUGCAUGUCUUUUUUAUUUUAAUUUUUAGAAAGUGGGUUUGGGCUUGGGCUUUUGAAAUGUUGUGUACAUUGGAUUGGGUUUGUACUUUGUACUAUGUAUCCUCUACAAAUUAAAAUUUAGAUUUGAAGUUAAAUGA